AUCUAUGAGAGCAGCCAAAUAAAAAAUACCCAUUGAGAGGGAGCUGGCGUUUCUGUGUGUGCCGCUCUCCUCCUCCUCCUCCUCCUCCUCCUCUCAAUGCUGUUGUUGGCCUUAACUGGGGCGCCGCUACAUCGUCAUGUCCGAGGUCACGCUGAAGCCCACGGAGAGCUGGAGGGAGGCGCUGCUGGACGCCCGCGUCAUGGACCUCUUCCUCACCGUGCACAGGAAGACCCCGGAGGACUGGGACAUGGCCCAGGAUUCCCUGCAGUGCCGGGCCCCGCUGGCCCCCGUGCACGGGCCCGUCUUCCCCGAUGAGAGCGCCCAGGUGUCCUACCUGACCCACCUGGUGGAGGGUCUGCUCAGCGUGAUCAACGGGAUCGAGAUGGAGGACUCGGAGGCGGCGGGCGUCUCCGACAUCGUCUCCAAUCUCAUCGGCGUGUUCCCCAGGAGCGCUCUGACGGCGCUGCCCGGCGACCUCUUCGCCUCCUUCAUCGCCGGCCUCACGCUGCUCACCUGCUCCUUCGGACGCAGCGCCGCCCUGGAGGAGGCCCUGCAUAAAGACGACGUGGUUUACACGAAGGCCUACGACCAGCUGCUGGAGGCGUGGCUGACGCUCGUCCAGGACGAGGAGCACUUCCCCCGCGGCUGCUUCGUCCAGCCGGCCGUCCAGGUCUUCAACUCGUACAUCCAGUGUCACCUGGCUGCCCCCGACGGCACCCGGGCCCAGCCGGUGAGCGGCACGUCGUCUCCCACAGAGGAAGACGACCGGGAGCUGUUCUCAGACCAGCCGUGCAGCAUCGGCGUGCUGGGCCGCGUGGCGGCGGACCACUGCGUCCCGCUGCUCGCCAGCCUGCUGGAGGACCGCGUGUCGCGGCUGCACGGCGAGCUCCAGAGGACCCGGCUGCACCUCGAGGCCUCGGCUGAUCCCGGAUCAGCGGGCCGUGAAGUCCUGGACGACCUCUACGAGGACAUCCACUGGCUGCUGCUGGUCUCAGGGUACCUGUUGGCCGACUGUGAGGGCGACGCCCCGGGGAUCCCCUCGCAGGUGAUGGAGUUCUCCAUCAGACACUCGGCGGAGGUGGAGAUGGACGCCACGCUGCAGGAGGAGAAGAGCUGGACCGCUCCGCGCUGCGGCCGCAAGGACUCAGUGAUCAGGCUGCUGUCGGCCGUGUUGAGGACGUCGGAGGUGGAGUCCCGGGCGGCGGCGGCGGGUCUGACGGCGCUGCUGAGUCCUCAGAUGGCGAAGGACAUCGUGUGGUUCCUCCGACGCUGGACGGAGACGUACCUCCCGAUGGAGGAGAAGCUCACCGAGCAGAUCGGCCUGCCGCUGAGCGCGGCCCGCUGGAUGGUGCGGUACCUCCUGGAGAAGGUGACGGACAACCUGUCGGCGUGGAGCUCGGAGGCGGAGCUCGCCAACGACACGGUGGAGCUGCUGGUGACGCUGGUGGAGAAGAGGGAGAGGGCGGCCGUCGUGGUGCGCUGUGAGAGCUGGUGGGACUUGGCCACGCGGUUCGCCGCCCGCCGCCCGCCGCUCCACCUGCUGUCCGGCACCGCCCAGACGGCCCUGAUGAAGACGCUGGUCCUCGGGGGCGUCACCCACAUGGACGCCGAUGCCAAGCAGCAGUACUGGGCCGAGGUGCUCCGUCCUCUCCGGCAGCGUUUCCUCGACCUCGUCAACCGGGACGACUUCGCUCAGAUCAGCCAGCAGGAGGCCGUGAGGCGGGAGGUGGUCGCCACGCUGGAGGCGCUGUGCGGCAUCGCGGAGGCCACGCAGGUCGACAACGUGGCCGCGCUCUUCUCCUUCCUGGUGGACUUCCUGUCCGGCUGCAUCGGCCUCAUGGAGGUCUACAGCAACACGCCCGAGACGAUCAAUCUCAUCAUUGAGGUUUUCGUGGAAGUUGCCCACAAGCAGAUCUGUUACCUGGGGGAGACCAAGUCCACCGAGCUGUACGAGGCGUGUCUCACGCUGCUGCAGGUCUACGCCAAGAACAACCGGAGCAGCGGGCGGCAGCACGCCCCCCCGCAGGAGGAGGACCAGUACCAGGACCUGCUGCUCAUCAUGGAGCUGCUCACCAACCUGCUCUCCAAAGAGUUCAUUGACUUCAGCGACUCCGACGAGGUGUUUCGAAACCCGGACCAGGGAGCGCCGGCGCCCGGGCGGACGGUGUCAGCGGUGGACGUGGUUCUGUACGGCGUCAACAUCGUGCUGCCGCUCAUGUCUCAGGACCUGCUCAAGUUCCCCUCCCUGUGUAACCAGUACUACAAGCUCAUCACCUUCAUGUGUGAGAUCUUUCCAGAGAAGAUCCCUCAGCUUCCGGAAGACCUCUUCAAGAGCCUCAUGGUCUCCCUGGAGCUGGGCCUGACCUCCAUGAGUUCAGAGGUCAGCCAGCUGUGUUUGGAGGCGUUGUCUCCGCUGGCCGAGCAGUGCGCCAAAAACCACGAGAAGGACACGCCCCUUUUUGUGGCCACGUGUCACUUCCUCAAGCUGGUGUUCGACAUGCUGCUGCUGCAGAAGCACAACAAGGAGAUGACGGUGGCAGCCGGAGAAGCUCUGUACACACUCGUGUGCCUGCAUCAGGCGGAGUACUCGGGGCUGGUGGAGGCGCUCCUCUCGUCGCAGCGGGACGCCGUUGUGUACCGGCGGCUCGCCGCCGCCUUCGACAAGCUGACGGCCGGCAGCUCGCCGCCCGCCACGGAGCGCGAGCAGAAGGUCGCCUUCCUCAAGAGCCUGGAGGGGUUCGUAGCCGACGUGGGCGGCUUGCUGUGCGUGAAAUGACCACCGGAACACACACAGACACACACACACACACACAGCUUGAGCUGACGGACUGCGAUAACAAACCAAAUGCAGAGGAGCGGAACCGGCUGUGGAUUGGCUGUUUUAUUAUUGUAAAGUGUACAUAAAGUUAUUGUAUAGAAAAUGUUCUUCUGCAGUUUCCUUCACCUGAGUGCUUCUUUUGUUUUUAUCUCAUUUUAAUUGACUUAUUG